AUGUAUUUGUUCUUAAUCAAAGAAAACAAGCAAUACAUGUUUAUGUUGAGUUGUUUAGCGGGUAUUGAAAUUCAUGGUUUGAUUAUCAUGAUACUAGCAGUUAGCGGCAAAGGUCCUGGUAUUGGAGAUUAUCAAGUAGCUAUUCCUACCAACUUACUUUUUAACGGUACUCCUGUUCCUAAUGAUGUACCUGCUAAUUUCUAUAUAGAUUUAUUUACAAUCAUUAAUGAUGAUGAUGACGUAGAAAUUCUGGAUGAAAGUGGCGACAACGUGGAGACAAUUGAUAUCUAG